CUCACAUACACCCUUAAUGAAAGCCUUCGAACACAAGUUUUUGUUCUUCAAUAUUGCUGCAGAGUUUGUAUGGAAGUGAAAGAGGUGUGUGUUUGGGAAAGGAGAGGAGGAGCCAGUGUAACCUUGCAAUGAAUCUAUUGCAUUGAAAGGCAGGCUCUUUAAACACAUGCACAGACAACUCAGCAUAUGCUACUAAGCACUUUGUUGAUAUUUAUUGUAGGCGUCGCACAUGUACUAAAAGUGGGUCUGCUGCCUUAGAAUCUAAAGGGCGAACAGCAAAGAUCACACACACUGCUCCCAGACAAGAUGAUGAACGGAUUUUCCACCGAAGACUUACACCGGGAAACCGGAUCAGAGCUGGCCUCCCCGACUGCAGCAGUGACACCCGUCACGGGUGUGGGUCCCACUAAUGGGCAGCUCUGCUGUCUGAGGGAUGAAGGAGAGAGGUGCAGCCGACCUGCGGGCAAUGCCAGCUUCAGCAAGAGGAUCCAGAAAAGCAUUGCCCAGAAAAAAGUCAAGAUUGACUUGGACAAAACAGUGAGUACUUCCCAUUCUGCACUAUGACAAGAGUACAGUACAGUAACACAUACAGAAAGUCCCUAUUGUAAUUGCAGUACACCCACAAAUCUGUAAACAUAUAGAUUGCUUUAGCCAACUUGUCUGUCUCUGGUUUAACCUUUUGCAGGCUGAGAGGCAAGUUCCAUCCUAUUUUAUCUUUAUAAAAAAAAUUUUUUUUUUUUAAAUGUUCAUAGACACGUUCAGAAAAAUGUAUCGCUGUGUAUUUGUUAGUUGUGUAACACACUGUUUGAUCAGGUUAACCAUGCUGUCUGCGAUUUGUCCGUGUUGUCAUGAGAUCUAGCCCUCUGCCAUUGUGCAGUGUUGCUCAGAGCUGCUUUCAUUUUCCUGUCUGCAAUGUAGACAUGAGGCCAGCAGUCGGUAUCAACAACAAAGUAGCCAACUCGCAUCCGCAUUGCAUGAGUGAUGUGUUCUGAUCAUGGAACCCAACACACACAGAUCAUCCCUCGUUCCAUCUACCGCACUGUUUACUGGUGUGAGGAUAAGACUCCAUGAUCAGCAAGAAUGUUUAUCCUAACACCUGUUAAUAUUUGGAAUAUCAAACUCGGUACAGUUGUUGCUAUGCAAUUACAGCCUGACACCAUAUCUUGUCACAGUGCUAUAAAUUCAACUCCUCGCAAUGCUUAUUGACACGAGUUGCUGUGUUUUUGCUUGUAUGAAAAAUGGAGUUAAAUCGGUGCAGUUGUGUGUACUCGGCCAUGGGUAUGGUUGACACCAAUCUCGCCUUCAGUGCAGUUAUUCCUUUGUCUGUAAAGCUGCCACGAGUCAGACCCCUGGAGUCUGAUACUUUCAAGUUGGUUUUAAAUUCAUUCAUAUAUUUGUUUAAUACUGGAGACAUAACAUGGUGAUUGUGUAUGCAGCCUGUGCUGGGUACCUGGCAGUGUACAGUGUACACUCUUUGUGUAAUUACAUGGUGCUUGCUAUAUUAUAAUGUAAUCGUAAUGUCCUGCAAUUUUUGUUAUAUGUAUACAUUGUAUUCGUGGAUCUGUUGCAGUGUAAUUAUGGUAUAUCUAAGCGGAGGGUGGGGAGCUCAUGGCUUUCCUCUGGAUUUAUCAAGUGACUCUUUAUAAAGCAGGCUCUGCUGGUGCUGCACGUAAACAGACUGCUUACCUUUCCUUUUUAUUGAGGGAGAACUCACAAAAUACAAGUUUGAAACCUGGCUGGUUUCACAUGUCGAUCAGUUUUGCAUAGGUGCCUGAUGAUAAUUAAAGGGGCAUAGUCACUCCAAGCUUAGUAAACAGUGGGUGUACACGACCUCCUUCCAUUCUGUGUCAGAGCAGACAGGGCUUGCUCUGUCCAUGGAAGCACACCAUUGGUCUUUGUAGAAAGCUCUGUUCGAAUCUUAGUAAAUAUACCUUUAUUGUUUCACACACAUACGCAGCAUCAAGAUCCAGCAGGGCUGAUGAUAAUUCAGAGUUGAAACCCAGCUUCAUAUACUAGAAGACAGGCAGCAUGGAACGCGUGAAGUUUCCAGAAAUCCUCUCAUGUACUAAUGCUAUGUCUGCUAAUUUCAUAUAAAAAUGCUCCAUGGCUUCCAUUGAUCAGUCCAAACUCUGCUUUCAAACCUUUUAUCUCCCACUCUGUUAGAACGCGGUGUUUGACUGCAGAAUAUGGGGAUUGUCUAUUCUGUUCGCAAUGUGUCAUGGGAUUUGUAGUCCUUUUGUUCAAGAACUUGGCUGCAGAAUGCUGAGCAGGAAGUAGUUGGUGUUUGUAUGGAAUCUUUUAUUAACGGCUAGGUCAAGCUACUUUAUUGUUAUAAUUUAAUACAAUUAAGAUCUUAUUAAGGAAAUACGUGAUCAAUUAAUAAAAAAAAUAAAAAAGAGUUUAGCAUCCAUCAAAAACCUGAGCUUUUAAGAGAAUGACAGGCUAGACAUCCCAUUACCGAUUAUCCCCAUUUGUGGGGGUUGGAUAUUUUAAAUUUGUAUUCUGGAUGACAAAUGCUUUAUUGUUGUGACUAACCACCUCGCCACCCUCUUAUUCUCUCUCUCUCUUUUUCUCUCUCUCUCUCCAUAGACCUUCAUUUACAAUUCUACAAAGAGAAUAUAUUAGAACAUUUUAAAGUGUAAACACCACUUAAAAAUGAGCAUCAGUUGACAUAGCUACUUAAAAAUAGCUCAUCUGGUUGCCCUAAAAUUGUGUAAGAGAGAUGAGCAGCUUUAGGUUAAAGUACACCAGUCAUGUAAAAAUACCAUAAUUGCACGUUGUUAUUUAAAUAUCUAUGCAUUGAGCUAUCCAGCUGGCUAGAAAAUAUAUGUAUUUUUUUAUUUUUAUUCAGAGUUGAAGUUUAAGCUUAUACCUAGGCCUGUAGGAAAUCAGUACAAAUGUGUAAACUACAGGUCUGCAAGUGCAGAGGUAUGUGGAAGAAUCUAUGGACUCCCACAAUGCAUGUAUUAAUUACAUUCUGUGAGUAAGCCGUCUGUAGUUUAGUUGUGAAUAUUUUAAUGCAAAAUCAAGGCAAACAACUGAGUUAUUUACUAAACUAUAAAAUUACUGAAUUAAAAAAUGAGAACAUUUAGAUAAAAUAGCCACAUUGUGGCUGUAGCUGAGUUGGAAAAAAUAUUUCUGGUAGAACUAUCUUAACUUAAACUCUAAUUUCAGUUGACUACAAGUGAACACCCUUGUAUUGCUUACACUGUUUACUAAGAAGAGGUUUCAGUAGCACAGUGUAUGGAAUAUCUGCUUAACAGGGCCAUUUUGAAAUAUUUGUUUAGUACAUUGCCAAUUAUCUUCCCUUAGUUUAUUCUGUUACUAUGACACAAAUUGAAUGAAUAUGCAAGGGGUUCCCAGUUCUCUGGAAUUUCUGCCCGAUGAAACAGCGUUUUUACAAAUUCUUUACCCUCUCAUUCUUUACCUGCUUACUUUUAAUCUCCGUUACCAGUUUGUUUGCGCUUUAAAUGCUUGCUAACUUCAAAACGGUUAGUUGUUACAAGUAUGACAAUCUCAUAACGCAAUAGUAACUAAAAUUUUGCAAAGACUAACUGAGCAUACAAGAUUUAGGUUGACAAGGUUAGCUAUUUUUGGCCUAAUUAUUUCAAAGAUAAUACAGACAGGGUUAAACGUCUAUAUAAUUGUAAUUAAACUUAUUUAGGCUGUUUUUAGACCUGGGUAGAGCUAUUUUGUAACACCGUGAUAUCAUCAAUGAUAAGAACAAAAGUUGACAAAUGUCCUGCCCCCGAAAAAAAAUAAAUAGUUUUUGAAUAUCAUUUAUGUCCUUGUUUGAGCCCAUUCCUCCUCUGUCUUGUUCUAUAAGACCUGACUCAGCAUAGGCCACAUUUAAUUUCAUCCUCUACACAGGAUUUCCCUAGCUGAAGGUGUUUCCCAUUAAACAAAAAGUUUGAGUAAUCUGUUACUGCGACCUCACCACACAGCGAAAUACGUACAGCACGCUGCCACCACAUUAGGGUAGAAGCAAGCUAGUAAUUUUACAAAAUGGAUUGAGUUGAACAACAAGAAUUGUACCUACAAUGGAUUUUCGCUUUGACAUCCUCACCUUAACAGUCUUAAAGGGAUACUCCUAAGCACAAUAACCACACCAGAAAGCUGUAUUAAUGCAGUCACCUGUGCUGCAAUUGACCCUGCUUGAGGCCUUUCCCACUAGCAGGACAAUCCUCUCUACUGACUUCCAUGCUGCACGUUGGUGUCAGUCCUAUACUGCUCCUGCAAGCAUGAGAAAUGCUUGCUGGGGGAGUAGUAUAUUGACAGAGAGAGAGAACUGCCUGGGGGAUGGUUUUCUUUCUCUUCCUGUUACUCAGUACUCUACUUAGACUUGUAUGCUGUCAGCAAAGGUCUAAUGCGGAGGAUUGAUUCACAGUUGGAGGAGAGGCCAAAAUAUAGUAAAUUAUAAUUUUUAUUUAUUUUUAUUUCUGCUAGCACAAUGUUAUAUGUAAUACUAUUUAAUUUAAACCCAUGGUCUUUUUAAGUUUUCCUUUUCUUAUGCCCACUGUAUCUUACUAGUUAUAAUUUCUCACUUGCCUUUAUUUAUAUUCAUUAUCUUUUCUUCCCACUGCUGGAUCUCAAUACCUGGGUGCUGCCAUUUUGUUCUCCUCGGCCCGUGAGGUCUGCAAUCUGCUCUUCUGUAGAAUUUGGUUUUAUAGAGGAUUGUGGGUAAAUUUGAUUGGCAGCUGAAACAUGGACCCUGCAUAAAGUUCUUCUCCUUUGUCAAGUUUUGUCAGCUUGACGGCUAUACAUCUGGAAAAGUAGUCCCUAUUUUUCCUUACGUAUUGUAUAAAAAUUAGAGAUCUAAAUAAAGUAAAUACAUAUAGAGAACUGUUUAGAAGCAGAUUAAAUUAAGUUUAUUUUUGUUGCGAGUUUCUUUGCUUGUUGAAAUCCAACUUACUUUAUUUAGCUCUUUACUAGUCCUGAGCACCUCCAUCUUUGUGUGUGUGCUACAGUGUCAAUCAUGUUAUGUUCUCUUCCUCCAUUGAUUUGUGCCCUAGCUGUGCCAGGGCCAUACUAGAUUGUUCUGACAACUACUAAAUAUUUAAUUUACAUUUUAAAAUAAAAUAAAACGAAGCAUUACAUAAAAAAUGGUUGUAGUUAAAUUAAUAGGUGAUUACCCACCCCCAAUGUUAUAUUCAGUGGUAUAAUUCUUAAAGAAGUUACAGUUCCCUUUUUUUUAAGUUACUGUUUUAAAAAGGUGUAGUCUAAUUUGCACUAUUGUUUCAUAAUCUAAAGUUUCUUUCUUGUGGUACGUAUUCACAAAAUCAAAAUUUUAUUUACAUUGGAAGCACCGCAUACAUAAAUUCGUGAAUAAUCCAAAGUGAAGAAAGCCAAAGUGGUCCUUGGCAGAUUUUUGGAGGCAUGUUGGAAAGUGUCCAGAGUUGUAUAUUAGUGGUGGGCAAAGUAAUCCACACUGUGGUUAAGCACUUUUUCCCCCCCCCCAGAAUUCAGGGUGACAUGUGAAAAGUAGAAGGAGGGUGCCUUCACGGUCACCAAUUAUUGUUACCAGGGAUGGAGCAUUGAUUUCUAGAAUUCUAGCUCAAGUAUGACAAAAGAGUAGGUUACUGCUCUACCUGCAAUUUAAAGUAAAGAUGAAUUCUGUGCAGCUACAUGGGCCCGAUCAUUGCUGCACAGUGGCAGUGGAAAAUAUGCAAUGAUUCACAUGGAAAAAAAAUAGGCACUACAGAGCUACUAUUAUUUAUUAACCCCUUAAGGACACAUGCCAUGUGUGACAUGUCAUGAUUCCUUUUAUUCCAGAAGUUUGGUCCUUAAGGGGGUAAAGGUACACUACAUGCACCACAACCAAGUGUGAUGUAAUGGUUAUGGUGUCAGAAGUGCCUAUGUAAGUAGUUGGUUUGACAACAGUUCUACAUACAAGUGCUUCCCAUUCAUGAGCAUUGCUGCUCGAGAUCUUGGAAACCAUAUCAGAUAUUGUGCUGAAAACAUGAUAUAAAUGCCUCAUAUGAUUUUUUAAUUUUUUUUUGUUUUUAAUUCUUCUCACCCUUUUCUUUAUAUCCCCAUUUCCUUAUAUCCCCCCAAUCCCCUUCAGUCAAAUGCAUCAGUACAAUCCGCUAGGAUAUACAUCCCUGAUGGGAUCUUUCUUCGUGAACUUUCUAAUUAGCUGCUGGGAAUUCUUGCUGUACGUGGUUGCUAUGUACUACACUGUUUUGCUUUCCUCUUCACAAAACAAUGUCACUGAAAUAUCUUUUUUAAGAUGGAUAUCUUUAACAGUCUCCCUUUAGCAUGGUUGACAAGUCCAAGGCCGAGAUCUCUGUCUAUAUUAGGUCAGGUGCACCCUAACCCAAAACAAGUUUAUUGGGCUAAAUGCUUUAAUCUGCUAACUCAGGAUACUUAGUCUUUUUACCACUUAGAUCCACCAAACCAUAGCAAGGUUGAGCUUGCUAUUAUCUAAUUUUCCUCAGAACAUGAGUGGAUAUACAUUUGUUUCUAACAGAGUCCCUGGUGUGGGGAUGUAUGGGGUGUCAAGACUUCCCCACAUGUGUGUUAAAUUGUUAUAUCCAACACAGACUCUUCUCAUUUUCACAUUAAUCUAAUCUAGAGGUAUGACUGAGGGUGCAGCUAUUGUAUUUACAGAGUGUUUUUGUUUUGUAUCUAUAUGUAUGUAUAUUUUUCUGUAAUAGGUUUUUUUUUGUGUGUAGUAUUUCCUUUAAUUGCAUUCAUUAAAAGGACAUUUUCUAAAACAAUAUGUGUAUUUAUAAAUGUAUAAUGUUUUCAAUUUUUACUUUUCUUUUCAUUAUGUUUAGGCAAGGCAUCUGUAUAUUUGUGAAUUCCAUAAGAACACAAUUCAGAGUUUAAGAAACAAAAGGAAAAGGAAAGGCAGUGAUGAUGACGGUGGUGAUUCCCCAAUACACGACACUGAUAUACCUGAGGUAUUAUUUGCUUUCCUUAAAAAUAAAUCUAAUUUGUUGUUAGUCAAGAUCAAUGCACAGCAUAUUCUUGUAUUUUUAUUUAUUAUUAUUAAUAAUAUUAUUAAAGUAGUACUGUAAUUUAUGUAUCUUUCCACCUUCCUAACCUUGUGCUCCCUUUAUGUUAACUCCUCCACUCCUUGCCACUUACCUUUAUUUAUAUUUAUUAUCUUUUCUUCCUUACUAUCCUUAUUAUCUCAAUACAUGGGCACUUCAAUUUUCUUCUCCUUUGUCCAUAAUGUUUGACUGAUGGAUUGUGGAUACAUUAUUUUGGCAACUAAAAUUAAAACUUGACAACUGAAAUGAAACCUUGCUUAAAGGGACACUGUAGGCACCAAAACAACUUUAGCUUAGGGAGUGGUUUUGGUGUAUGGAUCAUGCCCUUGCUUUCAGAAGUUUAAGUAGGCAGGAUUGUCACAUCUCACUGCAUGUGACUUACACAGCCUUCCUAAACACUUCCUGAAAAGAGAGAUCUAAUGUAUAAACAUUCUGAUUAAUUUAGAAUGCAUCUCCUUCUCAAUUAAAGGGACACUCCAACUCCCACUACCCUUAACCCUGCAAGUGUAAUUAUUGCAGUUUUUGUAAACUGCAAUAAUUACCUUGCAGGGAUAAGUCCUUAGAACACAGAGUGUUUUAACCCCUUAAGGAAACAUGACGGAAAUAUUCCGUCAUGAUUCCCUUUUAUUCCAGAAGUUGUGUCCUUAAGGGGUUAAGCGACGCUAGACAUCCUCACACUAUGUAAGGACCCCCAGCGUCGCCGAAAUCCCCAUAGGAAAGUACUGAAUAAUUGAAUAAUGCUUUCCUAUGGAGAGGUCUAAUGCGCGUGCACGUCAGCGGUGAAGGAGGGUAGGCGGAGCUUGACCCAGCGCAGAGGGACAUCGGCGCUGUACUCCGGUAAGUCACUAAAGUUUUAACCCCUUCAGCAACUUGGGCAUUGCUUGUGGUUAUGGUGGAGUGGGCUGUAGAAGAAAAAAGCUUUUCCGUCUAUCCUUGCACUCUCACAUGGCAUAACUCUGCGUGGCUGCAGUGCUCAUCAGUGAAUGAAUGGGUAGAUGAAUAAUUAAAGAGGAACUAUCACUUCCCAGAAUUUGUAAUACUAUGUUUAAGUAUCACUAUAUUUAUAUAAGACAUGUAUUACAAAAAAACAACAAAGAGAAAUAACAUUAAAUGUAGAAAUACACAAAUCUGUCCUGCAACUCGGCACCUCCAUCUUUUUUCCCCCUUCAUUUAUAGUUAUAAGCUCUGUUCUUUGCAGCUCGCAGUCAAUAUAGAGAAAGCAUACAGAAAUGAGGAAAAUAUUUAAUAACAUUUCUAAUUCACCACUUCAUUUGUAGUGUUUGCCUGGCUUUGCCCUGUCUAUAUUAUAUUAUGUCAUUUGCUAAAUCUCUUAAAUUUAUUUAAAAAGGAACAGUGUAUCUCUUGGAAAAUAAGUUAUAGCUGAUUUUCAAUGUAUGUUCAAUGGUGUAAAUUCCAGAGUAAUUACAGUUCCUUUUUAAACUGGCAAACCAGUUUAUCCAUGUACAAAAGUUUGCAUAUGCAUGUGAGCUUGUGAGUGUAUGAAUUGAUGUUUAUGUAUGUAUGAAUAAAUGAGUGACUGUCUAGUUAUAUAUGUAUACCUGUCUUUUUGUGAGUUGUAGAUUGUGUGCGCACGCAUAUGUGUAUUUGUAUGAAAAUUAUGCCAAGUUCCUGAUUUCUGGCUUUGAAACUUUUGGUAUAUUUUGUGAAUCCGUUUUUUAAAAUAAUAAAUAUCUGGAAUUAAAUCUAAACACUUCAAACAAUCCUGUUUCAUAAUGCCAGCACCAUUGCAAGCUGUUCAUUUACGUUGCCGAAGUAAGCACUUUGUUCUGAAUGUCAACAUCAUAAAAGCAAUAAAAACAAUCUUUACUGUUGCCUUUAUUAUACAGAAUGACUUUCAUGGAGGAAUAUAACAUGAUUCAAUUUUUCAGGUGGACCUAUUCCAGCUGCAAGUAAACACCCUAAGAAGGUAUAAGAGGCAUUUCAAACUGCAAGCAAGACCUGGACUGAAUAAAGCACAGCUUGUUGAAGUAAGUGGAAAGCAGUAUGGCUUUGAACAAAAUUAAAUUUUAACAAAAAUAAAAUUCUUAAUGCAACAGAAAGUUGGCCUUGUGACUACAUCAUAAUAAACAGUGUAUUGUAGGGUCAUGAACCAAACUGGAUGCAUUUUAAAAUAAAGUCUAUGCUUUUACUUUAGUAGCCAGACCUGAUGAACCUGGGGGUUUGGUUACAGCAUAUCUAUCAUACAUUGCAUAAGCCUGCCACAAUGUCAAUGUACCCAAUAUUUGGUUCAUAAGAGCAGGCAUUAGGCUGUGAGAGUAGGACCUGCCAAAGAUGGGGCACAUUGACGUUGUGGCAGGCUUUUGCAAUGUAUCAUCAUAUACUGUAACUAAACCCCCAUUAUUUUUGCCUAGAUUAGAUGUUUCUAAAAAAACUAAUACAAUUUGUGAGCUUUGAAGUUGCUGUUUAGUGGAUAAGUGAGUGCGCUGGAUCUUGUGUGUAUGUCCCUUUAAAUUAAAAAAUUAGCUACAGGAGUGUGUACCUCUUAUUUAUCAUCCCACAGGCUGUGCACAGUUAUUUCCUUUGCUAAAGGUGAGAUUAUAUAAAGUUUGAUUUAGUUUGAGGGAAACCACAAGUAAUAAAUAUGCAGUACAAAUAGUGUAAAAGGUUUAAAAAUAUCAGGAAGUAUUACUUUACUGAGAGGGUAGUGGAUGCAUGGAAUAGCCUUCCAGCUGAAGUGGUAGAGGUUAACACAAUAAAGGAGUUUAAGCAUGCGUGGGAUAGGCAUAAGGCUACCCUAACUAUAAGAUAAGGCCAGGGACUAAUGAAAGUAUUUAGAAAAUUGGGCAGACUAGAUGUGCCGAAUGGUUCUUAUCUGCCUUCACAUUCUAUGUUUUUAAAUAUAUUGCUUAUUACCUGCCUAAAUAUCUCGCAUGAGAAACCAGUAACUUACAAAUGUAGAAGAGUGACUGGCCUUAAGAAACAUUUAUUGGGCGAAAGGGGACAUUUAAAGGGGGUUUGCGUGCUCAGUAGUGUAUAAUUGUUUUGACUAUUUUGCAUGUUCAACAAACAAUGUUGAAACAUUUGUGUCUGUAAUUCCUGCUAUGGGUUGAAUAUGAAUCUGUCCAUUGGGUUUCUGUAUAAAGAACUGUUUGUGUGACAAAAAAGGAAAGUUUAACAAUCAGCAGAAACAUUUGUUUUGUUUCCAUGGUGAUUAUUUCCUUUUCAGAACUUUGCUCAACAAUGCCUGUUGGUGCAUGAUCCCCAUUAGGUUUGUUUCAUUACAUAUGAAAGACAUACAGAUGCAGUGCCAGGGCAUCAGUAUAACGUGAUGAUAAAAAGUAGGGAUGUGCAUGGGCAAAACAUUUGGGACUUUGGCAAAUCGGGACUUCGGCAGUUCGGUUUGGGACUUCGGCAAUUCCCUAACCACCACAAACACUUACACAUCUAGGGUUAGGGGUCAGUAUUAGGGUUAGAUUCCUGUCAUUAUUAUUCAUUUUCCCUCCCUCUCUUGUUUUGCAACUUUUCAGAAAUCCAAAGCACUUUGGCACUUCAGCAAUUCAGUUAGGUUCUGUACUUCCGAAAUUUGACACUUCGGCAGUUCGGUCAGCACUUCCGAAAUUCGGCACUUUCGAAUGUCCACGGAAGCAUUAGAAUUUCCAAAUUGCUGAAAUUCAUCCGAAUUUACAUUUGGAACAAAACGAAUUGCACAUGUAUAAUAAAAAGGCAAACAGGAGCAAGGUAUGGUCACAUAAUAGGGACACAGAUUAGGAUUACAAUACAGUGCUGUAUCGUGACAUAAGGGCUGGCCCAUUGGAUUCAUAAAUAGACCUGAGGAUAUAUAUCAAAGUUCUGGAUGCUGGUCUCAGGUAUGCAUGGGAAAGGCAGGUGUUCUCAAAUAGGAGCUAACGGAAGUAAGAAGAAAAACCCCUGGCAGUUUCAUUAAUUAUUUAUAAAGAUGCCGAUUUCUAAUAGAAGUCAGCACUUUUAUAAACUGUGCUUAUUAUGGGAUACUCCUUAGUCAUUACUGCAAUUCUAUAAAUACUUGUAAAAACAUAACAUACAGGGAUAUACUUUCUAAUUAGUGGGGUAAUAGCUGCUUGAUCCAAGGAGACAUCUGACUGCUAUUUUGGGGUCAAGAAGGAAUUAUUUCCUAGUUUGUUGCAAAAUUGGAAGUGCUUCAGACUGGGUUUUUUGCCUUCUUUUGGAUCAACAGCAAAAACAUACGUGAGGAAGGCUGAACUUGAUGGACGCAAGUCUCUUUUCAGCUAUGUAACUAUGUAUGUGCUUUAUGGGUGUCGAGUGGUCCUUUAAAUACCAAAUAAGAAAAAAAAAUCCCCCCCUUAUAUUUGUUUACAUUAUGGUUUAUGUAUUUUAGUCCUUCACCUCAAAAAUGGUAAUUUAAAUGGCUUUAAUUUAUUUUUUAGUUAUAUGUUUUAUUUAUCAUUUCCCCCCCCAACUAACUGUUGUUUUUUUUUAAUGUAGUUAAUGUCCUUGGUAUGAAAUAUGUGCUCCCAUUGGGAUUUAAAAUGUAACUUGCAUAUUUCAUUGACAUUUCUUAAUUUCGUCUUUCAGAUAAUUGGCUGCCAUUUCAGGUCACUCCCGGUGAAUGAAAAGGACACCUUAACGUAUUUCAUCUGCUCUGUGAAGAAUGACAAAAGCAAGACAGAUCACAAAUCUGAUGGGGGGCUUCAUUAGAGUUGAUCCAUGCUGUACAUUUUUGAACUUUACAAAAAAAAAAAAAAAGUGCUUGUAAAUAAAACUAGAUGUUAUUUUAGUACUUGAUGUGGGACCUGUAUUGGUUGAAGUACAGCAAAUUCACUUUUCUUUCCUGAAAUGUAAAUUUUAGAAGGAUAUUUCUUUUGUUCCUAUCUAUAUAUGGUUUAUGGAAUGACCAGUUCAUGUCUAGGAACAUUCUGAGCACCAUAAUCACCUCAGGCUGCUAUAGUUAUUAUGUCAGUGGUGCUGUAGAGCACACGGUGCUGUAGGGCCACGGACCGAUGCUGGACCGCGGAAGCUUUCACCCAAACUAUACUGUGGGAUGAAAGCUUUUGUGGACAGUCAAUAAAUUGCAGCAAGAUAUUUCCCCAGUGCUAUGAUCUUAUGAUAGCACCGGUAAAUGUGCCUCCCUCUCCCUUACUGAAUCUGCAGGACCGGAGGGGAGAUCAGAGGUGAAGGGAAGGGGGAUAUCAAGAUUACUAUUUUUCUUUUAAUUAUAAAAAAAUAUAUUUAUUAAUCUAUCCUCCAACCACACAGACCCACAAUCAUUUUCCCUUAUACACACACACACACACACUGCAUCCCUCACACAUACCAUUUGGUUUUAUUUCUGGCUGAUGCAGGUCUGAGAAAUAUUUAUCCUAAUUUUGCCAGUCUCCCGGUGCUAAUGGUUGCAGAACACUGCUGUAGAGCAUAUCUGAUAAGCAGUCAAACUGUUUUAGUAUGGCUCGACAACUUAUCUGGGUCUCGUAACAUGCCCACAGCCGCAGUCCCUGCUUCCAGUCUUCUGCAGGAGAAUCCAGUUAGCAUGACAUAACUAAGCAAGGCCAUGCAGGGCCACUUUCACUGGCUUAAACAGCUCAACUGAUGCUCUGCGCCAAUACCUGUGACCAUGCUUACCUCUGUAAAACGAACUGGAUACUUCUGGAGGAGAAGACUGGAAGUAGAGGGCUGCGGCCGUGGGCCCUGGCGGGACCCAGAUAAGUUGUUAAACUGUACUAAAAUGGUUAGACUUCAUACCACUGGACAGCGCCAGGGCUCUCGUGACACCACAACCGCUACAACGGAUUGUAGUGGUUAUGGUGCUUGGAGCGUUCCUUUAGAUAUUUCCUAUAUCUGAAGCAAUGACUAGUUUGAAUAAUUGUUAAAAACAUUUACCAGAACUUACAUUAAAGAAUUGUGUAUAUUUUAAAUCAUAAUGUCUGUUUUACAUUAAGAGACCAGUUCCACUUUCAAACAUUGGUCUGGAAUAAUCUGCACCUUAUGCUGUGGACAAAGCAUUUUGCCAGUGUAAAUUAUGAGAUGUACAACUCUUUACAUGCGCUUUGUAUUAUUAAACAGAUGUGAGGAAUAUUUACUCAUUUCAGAUUUAUGUAUUGAUUAUUUAAAUGAUUAUUGUGUUGGUUCACUUAGCCAGAUCAAUAUAUCCCUUUGUUUUUUUAAAACAAUUUUUUAGUUCAAGUCGAGUAAAAUCUAAGCAAUUUUCUGCUGAUGUCACUGGAAUCACCAGAUAGAAGAAAAAAAAAAAGCUGUUUUUCCUACUGUUUUGACCUUGAAGAUUUUCCAUAGAAUAAAAACUGACCUAAUCCGUCACAGUUUACACCAGAUAUAAAAACCUGUGGUGUGUCAUUAAACUUAUGAGUAUGUCAGUAAAUAGAGAGAUUUUAUGAACCAUCAAGUGAUUAUUUCAAACCUAUUGAUGUGUAUUUCAGUUACCAGAAGUGGACAACAAUAAAACCCAAUAACCCAAAUAAGUUGACCUGUAUGUUUCACUUUUUAGAUACCACUAUUCAUUGUAGAAGGUUUUACUUUUCUGUUUAAGCAUAUGUGAUACCAAAAUGGGAUAUUAAUAACUAAUAUAGAAGGCUGGCUGGUUCUAAACAUGUCUGUAUUUUUGCUUACCACCAUAACAAUGUCAUUUAAACUGUAAUGAGGUUCCGGAUCUCAUUACUAAACGCUUCUACAAAUUGCUUUUAGACUUCCAAUUUACUUGUAUUGGAUAAUUUAAUGCUGUAGUUUGACCAGUCCCUAAUACUGUAUGAUCCCCUCUAGAAGUUGCACUUUCCUGUCCUGGGGAUUUUUCACCUCUUAAAUGUUGGCAUGUAAGUCUCCGGACUCACCUGAAUGUAUAAUAUUGUAAUGGCUUUAAUGAAUAAAAACAAACAAAUAUCCUGUUUACUGUUGUAUGAAAAGUUGACCCGAACACAUUCACAACUUGCUUUUCUGAUCUGAACAUACAAAACACACACAAUUUGUUGUUUAUAAUAUAUAUUGG